GAAAUAGUUGCAAUCAUAUCAGUUCAAGAGCAAAGUAUCACGAUCCAACUGCUUCCUUCCAACACUCCACAGUUCCGAACAUCAUCAAGAGGAAGCUUCAACAUGGCUGGCGAUGGAGAAGACCGAGCAUCACUCGUUAACAGACAGCUACCAGAGAUGACCUUGUCGACAGCAGACAGCCCUCUGACCAAGGCACGUCCGCCUCCAGAGAACCUCAAGCCAACAGAGAGCGCGCAGUACCGGUUCGAGGUUCAUGGCAAUGCAAUCAUUACUGGCGGAGCCGGCACUCUCGCCCUCGAAGCUGCCACGGCGCUCCUCGAACACGGCGCCUCCGGCCUCGCAUUAUGGGACGUGAACCCCGACUCCGCGUUCGAGAGCAUCAAGAAGCUGCACGCACGCUUCCCCGACCGCCGCAUUAUGACCGAAGCCGUAGAUGUUAGAGACGAAGCUCAGAUAGCAUCAGCCAUAGAGAGCGCAGCGAAGGUACUAGGCAGUGUAGACAUUCUCUGCUGCUUUGCCGGAGUAGUAGGCUGCACACACGCCAUCGAAAUGAAAGCAGACGAAUGGCGCCGAACGCACGACGUCAAUCUGACCGGUUCGUUCCUUUGCGCACAAGCUGUGGCACGACAGAUGCGCGCUCAAGGCACACCCGGCAGCAUUACCUUCACGGCGUCCAUAUCCGCGCACCACACCAACUACCCACAGCCGCAGGCUGCAUACAACAGCUCGAAGACGGCAUUGCUAUCGCUAGCGAAGAGUUUGGCAGCGGAGUGGAGCAGCUACGGUAUCAGGGUAAACUGCUUGAGCCCUGGGUAUAUGGAUACCAUAUUGAACGAUGGGCCGGGGCUCGAAAGAGCGCGAGACUCGUGGAACUCGAGAAAUCCUAUGGGAAGGAUGGGGCAUCCGUGGGAGCUGACAGGGCCGCUGAUCACGCUGGUCAGCAACGCUGGGCGGUACAUCAAUGGGACAGACAUAAUCGUAGACGGAGGAGCAAUGGUGUUCUAGAAGGGUACUAGAAGAAUGAUCAAGGGUGUCGUCCUAGGCGUUGCAAGCAGACCAGAUUUGUUGUUGUGCUGGUGCUUGCGUGGUUACAAAGCAACGAGUGGGCAUUCAUCUGAGGUCGG